CACCUCCUUCUCCUUGGGAACCAGGUGUAUCACCAGCCUCAAGACAUGUCCUGCUCCGACAGGUGCCAGCCCUGCCUCCGCCCCUGCCAGCCCUGCUGUGGCCCAACCCCGCUGGCCAACAGCUGCAAUGAGCCCUGUGUCAGGCAGUGCCAGAACUCCACCGUUGUCAUCCAGCCCUCCCCCGUGGUGGUGACCCUGCCUGGACCCAUCCUCAGCUCCUUCCCACAGAACACCGUUGUGGGCUCCUCCACCUCUGCUGCUGUUGGCAGCAUCCUCAGCUGUGAUGGAGUGCCCAUCAACUCCGGGUGCUGUGACCUCUCCUGCAUUGCCAGCCGCUACUGUGGCAACAGAUGCUUCCCCUGCUAA